UUGUCCCGUUGAGAGCACGCGGUUGGUGGUCAAGAAGGGUGUAUGUGGCGGCUUUGAUGCUAAAAUACGGAGGUUAUUUGGAGUUUUUGACAUUCGGAUAAGCUGCCCACCACCACCACCACCACCACCUCCAGCCUGGGUCACGUGGUCUGGAGCCUGCCUGACCUACGUGGCCUGCCCUCGACUGUGGCCAGGUGAAGGCAGGCGAGUAGGUUAGGAAGGCAAGCCAGGCCACCACCACCACUACCACCACCAGGACAGGUUUUGUGUAACAGGGAUGGGUGGGUGUAAUUCCCUAACACAAUAACACAAGAAGAUUACAAGAAUUACACCGAUUACAUAAAAACAUUUAAAGAUGGCGGUUGGACUCCCUGAUGACCAGUACGAGGUGCAGUUUUUGGGCUUUUCACCUUCCUUGUUCGUCGAGGGAGUGGAGCAGGUGAUAGUUCAGCGACUUGAUGAAGCUCUCAGUCAAUUAGAGGAACAAUUUUCUAAGCUGGAUCCAGAGGUGCUGUCAGAGGAUGAAAGGCAGCGAGGAAUGACUAAACUGCGUGCUGAAACUGAUAGGAACCUUGCUCGUUGCUCCAGCAAGCUGAAGACCACUCUGCUUGAUGCCUUGAGAGUCCCCACCCACUUGCUGCACCCUGCUGACCUGGAGCAGGCCAACCCAGCCACUCAUGAGGAGGUGGAGGCACUCGGCCAGGAGCUGGAGGCUCUCAGACAGGAGCUGCUAAAUGAAAGAUACAUGAAGAAGCGGUGUCAGGCACAGCUCAAGAACAUCGAGAAGGCAUUGGAAGAGCAGCAGAAGGUGCUAGAUGGCCCCCUGAGUCCUGCUGCCAUGACCAAGGUGAAGGAGGCCAAGGAGAGGAUGUGUCUGAUCCGGGACAACCAGGAGGACCUUGUGAGUGCCACACUGCAAGCGUGGGAAGCCACCAAGGACCUGCCCGAGGACUCAGGCACCCCUGGCAUGCACUUGGCUCAGGAGAGUUUCAAGUGAUAGAGGCAGGAACUACCUAUCAGAAAGUAUUUGGAGUAGUGGUUAACAGUAGUGGAUGUUGGAGGCAGGAAUACCCCAGGCAGUUGGAGCAAUGUAGAGGAUAAUGCAGAAAUGAGUAGUGGAAGUUGGGGUGGGUGGUGAACUGACAAGCUGGUUUUCACCACAUGAAUACAGUGGUGCUCAUUCUCAUUGUCUUGAAGCGCACUGGCCUCCACUUCCCUCCAAAGACAGCAGUGCUAGUUUUCCAUAGGAAUUCUCUCUAUUUUAAGGACUAUUUGAUGUAUUUUAUGUUUUAGGCCUUCUAAGCACCUCCAAGAUAAUUGGUACAGCUGACUGACAAGGAGGAAACUAGAGACAGUGCUCAGUCUGGCUUGUGAGAACCAUAUAAUACACAGGAUAAUGAUUUAUUUUGGGUGCUCUCUCUCUCUCUCUCUCUCUCUCUCUCUCUCUCUCUCUCUCUCUCUCUCUCUCUCUCUCUCUCUCUCUCUCUCUCUCUCUCUCUCUCUCUCUCUCUCUCUCUCUACAGGAUGUCCCCUACAGGAUGUUUACGAACCAGGAUGUUUACGAACUAUAGUUGCUCACCACAAUUUCCCACACACAAUAUCCACUGACAAUCUGACCUGACACCAGAGAGAGUGAGAAGGAACAUAUUAUUAACUGAUACAAAAUGUCUUGUAGUGAGGGUGUUCUCUCCUCUCACACUUAACAGUUUGAGCAAUACAAGCUGCAUAAGUAAUGUUUGUUACUGAGUUAAAGCUUUGGGUUCAGUACUACAGUGACUUCUUUGUCAUGGAGGCUGACAACAAUUACAAGGACUCAAAGAAAUAGUUUGGCUUGAUAUAAAGAAAGAAGUGAGCCAGGAUGUUGCUCCACACGCACCCCACCAGACCCUCACAUGCCGGGAGUCUUGUGGUGAGAUGCUCCUUGGUAACUGAAGCCUUAACUACCGCUUACAAUUGUAUAAAGUUUUCAUAAAUGAUUUUUUUUAUAUGUAGCUUUACAUAGCUAUGUUUAUGUAAAAAGUUCAUGUUUUUACUUGUGUACUUUUUUUUUUUUUUAUGUGGUGUUUGUGUAACAAUAGUUUUCAAACACUGAGAUUAUUCUAAACUCUUAACCACAGCAUUUCUGUAUCAAAGCUUACAUGGGUAAGCAAACCUCUUUCCUCUGAGAAGAUACACACAUGUACACUCCUGUAAAUAUUAUCACUCUGGCUUCAUGCAUUAUAGUUUUAUAUAUAAAAGCUCUUAUGCUUCCUAAGCACAAAAUGUUUUUACAUAAAAGAUUAUAUUUUCAUAACAUAUUGUACUACAUCUUCCUUCCUCGUCCCUUUAUAAUAAAAAAAAUUAAUUAUAUUCCCUCACAGUGUUGACUACAAUAAAGCAUUACCAAUUAUUA